AUGUCAUCAUCAUCAUCAUCAUCGUCUAAUGAAAUAUUUACAAAUGAACGUAUUCGAAAACGUUUAAUACCUUAUCUUGAUAAAACACCAGAUUAUGUUGAUGAACUUUCUCAAACUAUACCAAGAUUAAAACGAUCACGACGAGCAUCUAUUCUUGUUCCUCUUUAUUGUAAUCAAAUAACAAAUAAAAUAGAAGUUCUACUUAUGAAACGAUCAGAAAAAAUGCGAUCACAUACAGGAAUGAUUGCUUUUCCUGGUGGAAUGGUUGAUCUAACUGAUCGUGAUUCAAUUCAUACAGCUCAACGUGAAGCUGAAGAAGAAAUAGGUCUUGAACCACAUCAAUAUUCAAUAGUUGGUUGUCUUCUUCCAAUAACGGAUUUUCGUCUUGUUAUAAUAACACCUGUUGUUGCUUUACUUCAUUCACCAAAAUUUGUUGAUUUUCGUUUAGACGUUAAUGAAGCAUCAGAUGCAUUUUAUGUUGAUCUUGAACAAUUUCUUUUUGGAAAUGAAAAUUAUAAAAUGUUAGAAGUUGGAGAUGAUUUUGUAACACAUCAUUUUAAUAUUAAUAAAUAUCAUAUAUGGGGUGUUACUGCUUAUCAAUUAAUAUUAAUAGCAACAUUAAUUUAUCAACGUACACCACAAUUUCCAGUUUUUCGUCAUGAACAAUAUUUAAAUUUACAACAGAUAAAACAACAACAAAUGGAUUUUUUUCGAUUAUGUGUUGAUUAUCGAAAUAGAGACAAAAUAAAAGAAAAUAAUAAAGAAAAAAUUUCUAAUAUUCCUACUAUUUUUUUCAAUCUUCAUCGUAUUACAAUUGAAGAAUUUUAUUGGAGAGAAGAUAUUAUUGAAUUUUUACAAAAUAAUAUACCAAAUCUUCAAUCAUUAUACAUUCGUACUUAUUCAUCUAUAUUAUAUCAACAAUCAUUAUCAAAAUAUGUUUUAAAAAAUGUUUCUGAACUUGAUAUGAAUAUAAAUAUUCAUUCAAUUAAUAUCAAAUGUCUUCGACAUAUGUUUCCUUCUUUACAACGAUUAAGUAUUCAAUGGGAUACUUUUCGACAAUAUCCAUCGAUUGAUGGUUUUCAAUGGUAA